AUGGUUUUGUCCAUCAGUCAAACAUCUGUCUUCCAGAAACUGGAGUCAGGGUCAGGUUUUUGCACCAAGCAGAGCGAGUCAGCCGUCACGCUGCACGUGCACUACCGCUGGCCCGCUGAUAAGAAACAUGAGAACGUCAAAAUGCAAGGCAUCUCCCGGCCGAGCCGCUCAGAAGGCGCCAGCGCUCAGGGAAGCCGGGAGAAGUGUGCUGACCUUUCACUGGGAGGAGAAGGUGGAGUUUGUGGUGACGAAUGCACCGCUAAUGAAGCACAGUUGGACACUGCGCGACAGGAGGGAAGCAGCUGCGCCAAAGCUAUGAGGAGCUGUGAGACUUAUAUCUGGUCCUCGGACUACCGCAAACACAUCCGCACACACACCGGCGAGAAGCCCUAUGUUUGUGGUACUUGUGGCAAGGACUUUGUGCGUUCCUCUGACCUCCGAAAACACGAGCGAAACAUGCACACCAAUGACAAGCCCUUUCCAUGCACACACUGUGGUAAAACCUUCAACAAACCACUCUCUCUGCAGCGCCAUGAGCGUAAGCACCUGGGAGAACGGCCGUUUUCUUGCCCUGACUGCGGCAAGACCUUCGCUCUGGCCAGUCGUAUGACAGAGCACCAGAAGAUCCACAGAGGAGUGCGUCCGUAUGUCUGCUCGGUGUGCUCCAAGAGCUUCACAAAGUCUUCCAAUCUGCUCGAGCACGAGGCCAUUCACAGCGGAGUGCGGCCCCAUAAGUGCACAGAGUGUGGCGUGGCCUUUGCCAUGGCCUCUCGCCUAGUUCGGCACCAGUACAUCCACAGUGGAGAGACACCCUUCAGCUGCCCAGGUUGCAGCAUGAACUUCAGCAGCUUACUUGCUCUAAAGCAUCACCAAGAUAAAAGCUGUGCUGGGAGGAUCUUUGUCUGUGUGCAGUGUGACAAAUCUUUCCAGUGCGCCUCAAAGCUUACACAGCAUAUGCUGAGCCAUACGGACAAGAAUGUCUAA